AUGUCAACGACAACACCUCAGACUUUGUUUGAAGAAGCAAAAGCCUAUCUACAAAUUACAAAUGAACACGGAAAAUCAAUAUACGAUAUGUUGAUUGAUAUUGUAACAUAUCUUCAAAAUCACAAGAACAUGAAAGAAAUUAAUUUACGAUCACUGUUGCAGAACCUUUCGGAAGAUAGUUUCAAGUACGGGGAACGAGCUGGAUUUGAGGAACUAUGGCGACUAGCAAAACCCAACUCAGAGUCGUGUAUCAAAGCAAGGGAUGUCAUUGGCAUUCUUUCAAACCACAAAGAGCAAAUGGAGCAAGAAUUCUCAAAACGAAGAGAGGAGUUGAGGGCAAUCAACGCAAAGAAGGACGAAGAAAACAAUGAAGAAGCAGCCACAGAAGAAAAUCCAGAGGAUAAAAACUUUGUGUACAGUAAUCCUGAUGGAUUGUCCAACUUAAUUGAGGACUUUUACGCUCUUUCGAAUGUUGGAAUUUCACUUCCAUAUGAAGAAAUUUCAAUGGUUCAGAUUGCUCUUAAAACACUGAAAAAAUCCAAAAACUUGAACUAUGUACGAUUCUUUGGAAAGGUUUUUGGAACUCAAUCAAAUUAUUAUGUAUUUGAGAGCAAUUAUCAUUUUGAAGAAAAGCAACCCGAAGACAAUAUUCACGAGAGUUCUGGAAAGCCAGGAAUUAAUAGAUUCACUUACUGGGUCUUAAGCUCAAGGAAAUCAGAGCAUCCUUUCAACUUUGUAAAACUGCCAGAUGUCACUCCAGAGCAAAUUCAAGUUGCGAGAGAAAUUACCAAGCUUUUCACAGGUGAUUUAAAUAGGGCCAUAAAUUCAUACCCAGUAUUCCCAGGAAACGAAGCAAAUUAUCUUCGAGCUCAAAUUGCAAGAAUAGUUCAUGCAUCUACUCUUGCACCAAUGGGGUUAUUUGAAGAACGAGAGCUCCCUGCGAAAGAAGAAGACGAAGAAGAUGAAGAGAAUAAGAAGAAACAAGAAAUCAAGUUUAAAGAACAACUUCCUCCAUUGGUAAAGGUCAAAGAAGGAUUUGAGCUCAAAAAUCCUGAGGACAUGAAAUCAUUUGAGAAUUGGGUUCACCUCUAUCCUGGUAUUUUAAAGACAGGGUACGUUACUAAAGAGAAGCAGGAAGGCGACGAGUCAGAAGAAGGAGACAAGGAUCCAGUGAUUCCUUCGUUAAGAUCACUUCAAGAGGAUGAGCCUCUCAAACGAUGUAAAACCGUUCAGCUUGAAUCCAAGAAAAAGCAAGAAGAGGAAGAAGAAGAGAAUGAGAACGAGGGAGAAAAAGACAAGUUAAAAACUCCAUCUUGGAAAGUGGCCAUUAGUAAUCACAGAAAGCAAACAUGUCAUCACAAAUCGUUUAGAACAGUAUUAUUAAGCAGUUUAAGGUGGCCAGGAGCUUACUCUUUUUACAGGUUGACAGGACCUACCUGCCAUUUUGGUAAUGUGUAUAUUGGGUAUGGAGUUAAAAGCUCUGGAAUUCCAUUUACUCCACAAUUCCCUCCAGCUGUGGUUGAAGAUUCCAAAGAGCCAGUGGAUCAAACAGAUCCUAAACCCAAUGACGUGAAAAGAAUGUUGCAAGGACUUGAGCCUACCUCAGAAGAAACUCCCCAAGAGGCUGAGGACGAAGCACGAAAUGGCGACGAGGAAGACGAGGAAGAGCAGUAG